GCCGCCGCGGCUCCUACCUGCCGGGGGGGCUCCUCGUGUCCGCCAGUCAGCGCGGGAUCGUCCAAUCGCGGCGCUGCCUGAGCCCCGAGACUCCGCCCCGGCGUAUAAUUGAACUUUCUUUAGUUCACUCCGGCGGAGCCUGCGCGCAGUCAGUGUCCGCGCCGCGCUGGGGAUUAAGACGACGCACGAGCGCCGGGGACCAUGUUUUCCAGGAGCCUGAACGCGUGCGUAACGCUGUGUGUGUGGAUUACGGCGCUCGCGAGCCCGGGCGGCGUGCGCGCGAGGAGGCAGGACGACUCGUUCUUCACCGGCAGCGUGUACCGCGCGAGGUGCGCCUCCCGAUGCCUCAGUCUGCACAUCACUCGCAUCUCCGCCUUCUUCAAGCACUCGCAGAAUAACGGGUCCUUGGUGUGGUGCCAGAAUCACAAGCAGUGCUCCAAGUGCCUGGAGCCCUGCAAGGAAUCCUGGGACCUGAAGGAGAACCAGUGCCAGGAUUUAUGCGAGCCCCUCUUCCCUAAGAAGCACUACGAGUGUCUCACGAGCUGUGAGUUCCUGAAGUCGGUAGAGGGCGUGAAGCAGGGCGACUGUCCUGCCCCGGAGAAGGCCAGCGGCUUCGCAGCGGCCUGCGUGGAGAGCUGCGAGGAGGAUGGCGAGUGUUCCGCUGUGAAAAAGUGCUGCUCUAACGGCUGCGGCCACACCUGCCAGCUGCCCAAAAACCUCUACAAAGGAGUCCCACUGAAGCCGCGGAAAGAGCUGGUGUUUUUGGAGCAGCUGUCAGGGCAGCUGGAAAUCCGCUGGUCCUCCAAGUUUAACAUAUCCGUGGAGCCCGUCCUCUAUGUGGUGCAGCGCCGCUGGAACUAUGGCAUCCAUCCCAGCGAGGACGACGCCACGGAGUGGGAGACAGUGGCACAGACUGCAGAGGAGCGCGUCCAACUGGCCGACAUCAGAGCCAGCAGAUGGUACCAGUUCAGAGUCGCUGCGGUCAAUGUCCAUGGGACCCGCGGCUUCACUGCACCCAGCAAACACUUCCGCUCCUCCAGAGAUCCAUCCGCCCCACCAAGCCCAAUCAGCCUGCGUAUCACCAACGUGACGCUGGGCGAUGAAGGCCUGGUGACGGCUCGUCUCAACUGGACCCUGCCAGAGGAGCCCGACAUCCCCAUACAUCACUACAAAGUGUUCUGGAGCUGGACUGUGCCCACCAAGUCCAUGGUGCCCUCCAAGAAGAAAAGGAGAAAGACCACCAAUGGGGCUCAGAGCUGGGUGGAUCUGGAGGGACUCCAACAAAACAACAGCUACACUGUGGAGCUGCAGGCUGUCACGUACUGGGGACAGGUGCGACUGAAGAGCUCCAAGGCUUCUCUCCACUUCAGCACCAGCCAGAAUAAUGAAUCAGUAAAAUCGGUGCUCAAGUCAAAGAAGGAGGAGACAUCCCUUCUCAGUUCAACCCUGGCCAAACGCCCUUCUGGCCCUCUAGAGGUGGGCACACCCUUCUACCAAGAUGGCCAGCUGCAGGUCCGCAUCUACUGGAAGAACCGCGGAGAUCCCACAGUGAGUCGCUACCAUGUCCAGUGGAUGCCAGAGUACUGCAGCCACAACGAGACCCGAGGACCGGAGAAAUCCGUCACGCAGGAGAACUACAUCAACCUCCCGGGACUGCUGUUCUCCUGCAAGUACAAAGUCACCGUGCACAUGCUGAAGUCCAAGAGACGCUCCAAGGAUGAGAGCACCACCUUCCUCACCCCAUCCUGCGCUACCAUCCGCAGCAAGACUCACAAGCACAUCCCCUGCCCCGGGGAGGGAGCGCCAGGGCUUCCAAAGGUUUUGGCCAAGCCAGAGAACCUGACAGCUUCCUUCACCAUCAACGAGGGAAACAUCACCGGCAACUUCCUGUGGCGUGUGUCCCGGGUGGCUCCCCAUCAGCGAAUCACGGGCUUCCAGGUCACCUGGGCUGAGAUCACCACCGAGAGCCGGCAAAACAGCCUGCCCAACAGUAUCAUCUCGCAGUCCCAGAUCCUGCCCCCAGAUCAUAACUUGCUUGUGGUGUCCAACCUGCGGCCAUCCACCUACUACAGGCUGGAGGUGCAGGUCAUAACAACCGGAGGUGAAGGUCCUGCCACUGUCAAGACCUUCCAGACCCCAAACAUAUUACCAGUCAUUCAACACCGACCCAGACUCCGGCAGCACCACUCUCAUCACCAGAAGCCGUCAGUAGAGAGACACUGAGUUUCGGGUCAAGGCAAACCCAAUCGGGAGACGUAUCAGCGGCUCUCAGCUCCAGUCUGUCAGGGAAGGAAUGUGUGGAACCAGACAGAAACACAGCACACCAGACCAUGAACUGACCCCCCCACCCCCCCACCAGCUCGUGAAACAUGGGUCCAUCUUCUCCAGGCUCCACAACACAUCAGCUUUCCUUCUUAAAACCCUCUCUCCUGACUGACACGUGGCACCGGACGGGUCGGUCUGUACAGUGAAACCACAAGGAAGAUAUGAAAUUCCAGGUAAAAGCAUCCAGAUCCAGUAACCCCCCGAAACUCGUCGUGAUCCAGCUCGUCAUUGUGCGCCGCAUAAAGAUAUUAACCUUGUCAAUUGGAUUUGAUCAGCUUCGUUAAUGACAGGCAACUUAAAGAAACACAAUUACUUUGGCAACUUGAUUGAAGACGCGUGAACAUGGAUGGUAGGAAAUGCCCGAAAUGUAAAACAAUUGUUUGCUCAUGAAGAAAGAAAGUAGAAAUUCAUCUAUUUAUUUUGUGUUACCCUUUAAAGAGGCGCUUAGGCAUACAGUCAGUACUGAUGGAUAAUGUAAUUAAGUCAUUGUUGUCUAACGCAGAAUAAUUCAUGUAGUAUGUUGCAUGUAGUACAUUUGAAUUUAUUUUUUGAACUGUAAAUGAAUUACUUGCUUCAAAUUGAAAGCUCGUAAUGGUUUUGCAUGACAACCAUUAGCAUUCUGUUGGCAUGAAACGAUGUCUGUGUUGCCUCUUUUCAAUAUGUUAGCAAUAUUUCAUUAACAGAUUAACAAAGAAUUAUAUUGGGAGUAAUAUGUAAUGUUCAUUAAUGAAAUUAUAACUUGUGUGGAAACGAUGAAUUGUACAUGUUCUUGGCUGUAGAAAUAUUUGUCGUGGAGCAGUCAGUGAAUGUCUAUAUUUAUUUAUGUGUGUAUUACAAGGUUUGGUUUGGAUGUGUGUGAAUGUGUAUGUUGUGUGUGUUUUAGUCUCAAAAUUUUUGAACCGGCGGAAAAUCUUGUAAAGACAUUUUGUAAAAAUUGAAUUGUAAAUACAGUCUUAUGUUACAUGUUAUUUUUCCAUGGUAGAAACUGUACAAACUGCUAAGUAAUAAAAUAAUCCUUAACCAGU